GAAAUCUUUAGUACAGCCAGACGAUGAACCAACUUUCUCCUAUACAACUGGCCCUUACACGACAAUGACCAAUUUAACGUGGAAUGGAAUUCGUGUCACAGUCAAACAGAUGAAUCGUCCUACGCAUCUAAACUGCAGCAAGCGAUUGUCGGCUGAUUUGCUGAUUACAGAACAAGAAUACAGUAGUCACCUUAGACACCCAAGCUUGCUGCUGCUGAUGGCUGUGUGCCAGUUGUCUGAGCUGGAUCAAAUCCGCUUAGUGUAUGAAAGGGUUAAUCUCGGUUCCCUUUAUGGAGUAUUGCAUGAAAGGCGUUCCGAGUUCCCAGUCUUGCGCAUGGAAAUGAUUGUGCAGAUGCUCCUACAGAUUACUGAUGCUCUUCUUUAUCUCCACUCAUGGGGAUACAUCCAUCGAACUGUCACCUCUCAUGCUGUGCAGCUUGUUCUACCUGGCAUUGCCAAACUGAGCAACUUUGAAUUCAUGGUGAAAAGUGUUGAUGGGGGCAUAUACAACAAUUUAUCCCAGUUCCCCAUCCCAUCACAGUUUUACAACUGGCUAGCACCAGAGGUAAUUCGGGGCAGAACUGCCACAGUCAAAUCAGAUGUCUACAGUUUUUGUACUCUGGUCCAGGAAAUGUUUACAGGUAUGGUUUACAGUCCUAAUGAGAUGAUAGUAUACUCAUAUGCUUCUCUGUUGCAUUAAAAACUGGGUUAGAUCUGUUACAUUCUGUACCUCCAAAACAUGAACUUAAUCAAAAUAAUAACACGGAGCUGGGAAUAAUGUGUCUUUGUUUUGUUUUUACUUUAAACAGGGUCCACGCAUAUGACGUAUGCUAUUCAGAUUCUAUUACAUAUAACCUGCUAUGAAUUAUUUAAACAAAGCAUGCUUAAUCAAACAAUAUAUUUACAAUAUUUCUCAAAUAUUGCUGAAAUAUUAAAUACGCCACAAGAUCAGCUGUGUUAAAUUAUAUUUUCUGAAAAUACAGUGUAAUAUGUAUAUAAAAUCUAUAUAUGUACAAGUUAUAGACAAAGGUGGCACAUCAGUACAGUAUCUCAAUUCAAGAAGAACAUAAAUUUGAGCCUGUAGUUUCUAAAGCAUGUUUUAUAGUCUUGAACACUGUGCAGGGAAGCUCCCUGCAAGCCAGUUCAUUUUCUGUGUUGUCAGCUGUGCUAUCAGAGACUAAAGAAUAAAGCUCCAGAGAUAAAGACAAUAAAGAGGUGGUUGCGGAAGGCAGAGGAGCAGCUACAGGACUGCUUUGAGUCCGUGGACUGGGCUGUGUUCAAGGAUUCAUCGAAGGAACGUAUACACUACAGUUGUCAUGGAUUCUAUAAAAAUAGUCAUAGACAAGUGUGCCCCCCACAAAAUCAUAAUCAUUCAGAGUCUUCUCCAAUCAGAAACCCUGGAUGAACAUAGAACAUAGAAGAGUACACCAUAGUACAGGUCCUUUGGCCCACAAUGUUGCACCGACCCUUAAACCCUGCCUCCCAUAUAACCCCCCUACAUUAAAUUCCUCCAUAUACUUGUCUAGUAGUCUCUUAAAUUAAACUAGUGUAUCUGACUCAGGCACUGCAUUCCACGCACCAACCACUCUCUGAGUAAAGAACCUUUCUCUAAUAUCCCGCCUGAACUACCCACCCCUUACCUUAAAGCCAUGUGCUCUUGUAUUGAGCAGUGGUGCCCUGGGGAAGAGGCGCUGGCUGUCCAUUCUAUCUGUUCCUCUUAAUAUCGUGUAUACCUCUAUCAUGUCUCCUCUCAUCCUUCUUCUCUCCAAAGUGUCAAGCCCUAGCUCCCUUAAUCUCUGAUCAUAAUGCAUACUCUCUAAACCAGGCAGCAUCCUGGUAAAUCUCCUCUGUACCCUUUCCAAUACUUCCACAUCUUUCCUAUAGUGAGGUGACCAGAACUGGACACAGUACUCCAAGUGUGGCCUAACCAGAGUUUUAUAGAGCUGCAUCACUACAUCACAACUCUUAAACUCUAUCCCUCGAUUUAUGAAAGCUAACAGCCCAUAAGCUUUCUUAACUACCCUAUCUACCUAUGAGGCAACUUUCAGGGAUCUGUGGACAUGUACCCCCAGAUCCCUCUGCUCCUCCAUAAUACCAAGUAUCCUGCCAUUUACUUUGUAUUCUGCCUUGGAGUUUGUCCUUCCAAAGUGUACCAUCUCACACUUAUCCGGGUUGAACUCCAUCUGCUACUUCUCAGCCCACUUCUGCAUCCUGUCAAUGUCUCUCUGCAAUCUUCGACAAUCUUCUACAACACCACCAACCUUUGUGUCGUCUGCAAACUUGCCAACCCACCCUUCUACCCCCAUUUCCAGGUCAUUAAUAAAAAUCAUGAAAUGUAGAGGUGCCAGAACAGAUCCUAGUGGGACACCACUAGUCACAACCUUCCAAUCCAAAUGUACUCCCUCCACCACGACCCUCUGCUUUCUGCAGGCAAGCCAGUUCUGAACCCACCUAGCCAAAUUUCCCUAGAUCUCAUGCCUUCUGACUUUCUGAAUAAGCCUACCAUGUGGAACCUUGUUAAAGGCCUUACUAAAAUCCAUGUAGAUCACAUCCACUGGACUACCCUCAUCUAUAUGCUUGGUCACCUCCUCAAAAGAACUCUAUCAGGCUUGUUAGACACGAUCUGCCUUUCACAAAGCCAUGUUGACUGUCCCUGAUCAGACCAUGAUUCUGUAAAUGCCCAUAGAUCCUAUCUCUAAGAAUCUUUUCCAACAGCUUUCCCACCACAGACCUAAGGCUCACUCAUCUAUAAUUACCCGGACUAUCCCUACUACCUUUUUUGAACAAGGGGACAACAUUCGCCUCCCUCCAAUCCUCUGGUACCAUUCUUGUAGACAACAAGGACAUACAGAUCCUAGCCAGAGGCUCAGCAGUCUCUUCCCUCACCUCAUGGAGCAGCCUGGGGAAUAUUCCAAAGGCCCCGGGGAUCCUUUCUGUCCUAAUGUAUUUUAACAACUUCAACACCUCCUCUCCCUUAAUAUCAACAUGUUCCAGAACAUCAACUUCACUUAUAUUAUCGUCACCGUCAUCAAGUUCCCUCUCAUCGCUGAACACCGAAGAGAAGUAUUCAUUGAGGACCUGGCUCACUUCCACAGCCUCCAGGCAUAUCUUCCCACCUUUAUCUCUAAUCGGUCCUACCUUCACUCCUGUCAUCCUUUUGUUCUUCACAUAAUUGAAGAAUGCCUUGGGGUUUUCCUUUACCCUACUCGCCCAAGGCCUUCUCAUGCCCCCUUCUUGCUCUCCUCAGCCCCUUCUUAAGCUCCUUUCUUGCUACCCUAUAUUCCUCAAUAGACCCAUCUGAUCCUUGCUUCCUAAACCUCAUGUAUGCUGCCUUCUUCCACCUGACUAGAUUUUCCACCUCACUUGUCACCCAUGGUUCCUUCAUCCUACCAUUCUUCAUCUUCCUCACCGGGACAAAUUUAUCCCUAACAUCCUGCAAGAGGUCCCUAAACAUCAACCACAUGGCCACAGUACAUUUCCUUGCAAAAACAUCAUCCCAAUUCACACCCGCAAGUUCUAGCCUUAUAGCCUCAUAAUUUGCCCAUCCCCAAUUUAAAAUUUUCCUGUCCUCUCUGAUUCUAUCCUUUUCUAUGAUAAUGCUAAAGGUCAGGAAGCGAUGAUCACUGUACCCCAGAUGCUCACCUACUGAGAGAUCUGUGACCUGACCCGGUUCAUUACCUAAUACUAGAUCUAGUAUGGCAUUCCCCCUAGUCAGCCUGUCAACAUAUUAUGACAGGAAUCCAUCCUGGACACACUUAACAAACUCUGCCCCAUCUAAACCAUUGGAACUAAUCAGGCGCCAAUCAAUAUUAGGGAAGUUAAAGUCACCCAUGAUAACAACCCUGUCAUUUUUGCACCUUUCCAAAGUCUGCCUCCCAAUCUGCUCCUCUGAACCAUGAGAUCCACAAUUUGCUGAGGACCAGAUCAGUGGCAUUCGGUCUAUGACCAGGUAAAAUGUGGAGGUCCAGGUAUAAUCUUUGGAAAGCCAUCUCACAUAUGAAGUGGCAAUUCCAGACUGUACUUAAAUCAAUGAAUUGAAUUGAAUUGACUUUAUUUCUUACAUCCUUCACAUACCUGAGGAGUAAAAAUCUUUAUGUUACAUCUCCAUCUAAAUAUGUAAUCAUAGUAAUUUAUAAUAAAUAGAACAGUCAAUGUAAUAUAGAGUACAGAAUGCUCAAAUCAGCGUGAGUUUAUCAGUCUGAUGGCCUGGUGGAAGAAGCUGUACCAGAGCCUGUUGGUCCUGGGUUUAUGCUGCAGUACCACUUCCUGUAUGGUAGCAGGUGGAAUAGAUUAUGGUUGGGAUGACUUGGGUCCCCAAUAAUCCUACGGGUCUUUUCUACACACCUGUCUUUGUAAAUGUCCUGAAUCGAGGGAGGUUCACAACUACAGAUGUGCUGGGCUGUCUGCACCACUCUCUGCAGAAACCUGCGAUUGAGGGAAGUACAGUUCCCAUACCAGGCAGUGAUGCACCCAGUCAGGGUGCUCUUAAUUGUGCCCCUGUAAAAGGUUCUUUCGACUUGGGGGCCCAUACCAAACUUCCUCAACUGUCUGAGGUGAAAGAGGCGCUGUUGUGCCUUUUUCACCACACAGCUGGUGUGUACAGACCACAUGAGGUCCUCGGUGAUGUGGAUGCCGAGGAACUUGAAGCUGUUUACCCUCUCAACCCCAGAAGGAUGCUCAAAGCUGUGACAGGGCUUGAAUGCUAUCACAUCCUACAAAGUGAAACAAAGCAUCACAGUUGUCAACAAGAUUUUGCUCCCAGAUGAGUUCAAUAGCUUUUAUGUUUGCUUUGACUGUCAAAAUAUGGAGGCACCUUCACCUCCCACAGCAGCCAGUGACUGUGAUUUCAGUCUCUGAGACUAAUGUGAGAGCAUCCUACAGUACGGUGAUUCCACAGGAAACAUCAGGCCCAGACGGGCUAAGUGGCCAAGUACUGAAGAUCUGUGCUGAUCAACUGGCUGGAAUGUUCACCGAUAUCCUUAACCUCUCACUUCAGCAAUCUGACAUACUCACCUGCUUCAAAUAAACUUCAUUUAUACUGGUGCCUAAGAAGAAUGUGGUAACCUGUCUCAAUGACGAUCGACCAGUAGGACUGCAUCCUCCGUGAUGAAGUGUUUUGAGUGGUUGGUGAUGAAACAUUAAUUUCUGUCUGAGAAAUAACUGGAGGGGAGGGUGCAUUGGAUCUAUUCCGAUUUAUCUACCGGAAUAAUGGUUCCACAGCAGAUGCCAUUUCAUUGACUCUCUACUCAAUGCUGAAACAUCCAGACAGAAGAUGCCUACAUCAGGAUGCUCUUCAUUGACUACAGCACAGCUUUCAAUACUAUCAUUCCCUCAAAACUAAUCAAUAACCUUCAAGACCUAGGCCUCAAUGUCUCCUUGUGCAACUGGAUCCUCAAUUUCCUCACUUCCAGACCACAGUCAAUUUGGAUUAGCAACAACAUCUCCUCCACAAUCUCCCAUCAGUACAGGUGACAAACAAAGCUGUCACUGAUAGCCAAAACUACAAAGCAAGAAGAUCAGUGGGCUAAGUAUAACUCCAAAGCCAUUUUUAAGUUUGCCUCAGAAUCAGAUGAGAAAGGGCAGGUGACAGAUGUUUGUGUAGGAAAACACUUUGCAUCUGCAGAUCAUGAUGCCAUUAAUUUCAAAGUAAAUAUGGAAAAAGAUAGGUCUGGCCCGCAGGUUGAGAUUUUAAAUUGGAGAAGUGCUAACUUUGAUGGUAUCAGUAAUGAUCUGGCAAGUGUGGAUUGAGACAGGCUGUUUUCUGGGAAAGGUGUACCUGGUAAGUACGAGGCCUUCAAAAGUGAAAUUUUAAAAGUACAAAGCUCUUAUGUGUCUGUCAAAAUAAAAGGUAAAGAUAACAUGUUUAGGGAACGUUGGUUUUCAAGAGAUAUUGAGGACUUGGUUAAAAAAUGGAGGUGCAUAGUGGGUGUAGCAGGUAGGAACAAAUGAGAUACUUAUGGAGUAUAAGAAAUGCAAGAGAACACUUAGGAAAGAAAUUAGCCCUAGCAGACAAGGUGAAGAAGAAUCCUAAGGGAUUCUACAAAUAAGUUACAAGGGACAAAAUUGAUCGUCUGGAAGAUCAGAAUAGUAAUCCAUGCUUGGAGCCAUAAGAGAUGGGAGAAAUCUUAAAUGGAUUUUUUGCAUCUGUGUUUACUCAGGAGACAGACACAGAGACUGUAGAAGUGAGGCAAAGCAGCAUCCAAGAUUAUAGACCCUAUACAAAUUACAGAGGAGGAGGUGUUUGCUCUCUUCAUGCAAAUCAGAGUGGAUAAAUCCCCAGGGCCUGACAAAGUGUUCCCUUGGACCCUGUGAGAGGUGCAGAAAUUGUAUGGUUCCUAGUAAAGAUAUUCAAAUCACCCUUAGAGACAGGUGAGUUACUGGAGGAUUGGAGGAUAGCUGAUGUUGUUCCACUGUUUCAGAAAGGUCCUAAAAAUAAACCACGAAAUUAUAGGCUGGUGAGCCUGACAUCAGUAGUGGGAAAGUUAUUGGUAGGUAUUCCAAGAGACCAAAUAAAUAAAUAUUUGGAUAGACACGGUUUGAUUAGGGAUAGUCAGCAUGGCUUUGUGUGUGGUAGGGUUAUAUUUAACCAAUCUUACAGAGUUUUUCAAGGAAGUUACCAGGAAAGUUGAUGAAGGCAAGGCAGUGGAUGUUGUCUACAUGAACUUCAGCAAGGCAUUUGACAAGGUCCCACGUGGGAGGUUGGUCAAGAAGGUUCAUUCGCUCAGUAUUCAAGAUGAGGUAAUAAAUUUGAUUAGAUAUUGGCUUUGAGAGAGAAGCUAAAGAGUAGUAGUAGAUGGUUGUCUGUCUGACUGGAGGUCGUUAACUAGUUGAGUGCUACAUGAAUUGGUGCUGCUGUUGUUUGUCAUCUAUAUCAAUGAUUUGGAUGAUAAUGUGGUUAACUAGGUCAGCAACUUUGCAAAUGACACCAAGUUUGGGGGUGUAGUGGAAAUUGAGGAAAACUGUCAGAGCUUGCAGCAGGAUCUGGACUAGCUGGAAAAAUGGGCUGAAAAUGGCAAAUGGAAUUUAAUGCAGAGAAGUGUUGCACUUUGGUAGGACCUACAGGGGACAUGUUCCACAAUGAAUGGUAGGACACUGAGAAGUAAGGUAGAACAAAGGGAUCUGAGAAUACAGGUCCAUAAUUAAUUGAAUGUAGCAGCACAGGUAGAUAGGGUCAUAAAGAAAUCUUUGGGACAUUGGCCUUCAUAAAUCAAAAUAUUAAGUACAGGAGGUGGGAUGUUAUGUUGAAGUUGUAAUAAGACAUUGGUGAGGCCUAAUUUGGAGUUUUGGUUAUCUACCUACAGGAAAGGUGUAAAUAAGGUUGAAAGAGUACAGAAAAAAUUUACAAGGAUGUUGUUGGGACUGGAAGACCUGAGUUACAAGGAAAGAUUGAAUAAGUUAGGACUUUAUUCCUUGGAACAUGGAAGAUUGAGGGGAGAUUUGAUAAAGCUAUAUAAAAUUAUGAGGAGUAUAGCUAGGGUAAAUGCAAGCAGGCUUUUUCCACUGAGAUUAUGUGGGACUCCAACCAAAUGUCAUGGGUGAAAGGUGAAAAUUUUAAGAGGAACAUGACGGGAAGCCUUUUCUCUCAUAGGGUCAUGAGAAUGUAGAACGAGCUGGCAGUGCAAGUGGUGCAUGCAAGUUCAAUUUCAACAUUUACAAGAAGUUUGGAUAGGUACAUGGAUGGUAGGGGGUAUUUAAGGAAUAUGGUCCAAAUACAGGUUGAUGGGAACUAGGGGACAUAGCCUCAUGAUUCAGUGGAGUAGAUUUAGGACAGAGAUGUGGAGGAACUGUUUUUCCCAGAGAGUGGUGAAUCUAUAGAAUUCUCUGCCCAAUGAAGCAGUGGAGGCUACUCCAGUAAAUAUAGUUAAGACAAGUUUGGAUAGAUUUUUGCAUAGUAGGGGAAUUAAGGGUUAUGGGGGAAAGGCAGGUAGGUAGAGGUGAGUCCAUGACCAGAUCAGCCAUGAUCUUACUGAGUGGCAGAGCUGGCUUGAUGGGCCAGAUGGUCUCCUGCUCCUAGUUUUUAUGUUCUUAUAGAAUAGGGAGUUUGAGUGGUUCUGCAUGUUCUAUUUCUGUGCUGUACUUUUCUGUGACUCUAUAAAGGUGAUGACUAAUCAGAAUUUAAAGGAGAGAUUGAACAUUUGGCUGAGUGGUUCCACAACAACCUCUCACUCAAUGUCAGCAAGACCAAGGAGCUGAUUAUUGACUUCAGGAGAAAACUAGAAGUUUGGGAGCCAGUCCUCAUCCGAUAAUCAGAAGUGGAGAGGGCCAGGAACUUUAAAUUCCUCGUUAUCAUUUCAGAUGCUCUGUUCUGGGUCCAGCACAUAACUGCCAGGAUAAAGCACAACAGCGCCUCUACUUUCUUUGAAAUUUAUGAAGAUUUGGUUUGUCAUCUAAAAAUUUGAUAAACUUCUAUAGAUCUUUGGUGGAGAGUAAAUUGACUAGUUGCAUCACGGGUAACAAAUUCAGAAAGCAGAGAUACAAAGGGGCUUGGAACUCCUCCUGCAGAAUUCCCUGAAGAUUAACUUGCAGGUUGAAUUGGUGAUAAGAAGGGCAAACGCAAUGUUAGCAUUCAUUUCGAGAGGUCUAGAAUAUAAAAGCAAGAAUGUAAUGCUGAGGCUUUAUAAGACAUUGGUGAGGGAUUGUUUGGAGUACUGUGAGCAGUUGUGUGCCCCUUAUCUACAUAUGCGUUGGUAUUGGAGAGGAUCCAGAGGAGGUUCAUGAGAAUAAUUCCAAGAAUUAAAGGAUUAAUGUAUGAGGAGUGAUUGAUGGUUCUGGGCCUGUAUUCACUGGAGUUAAUAAGAAUGAAGGGGAAUCUCAUUAAUUCCAUCCAAUACUGAAAGGCCUAGAUAGAGUGGACGUAGAGAGCAUAUUUCUUAUAGUGAGGGAGUCUAGGACUAGAGGACGCAGUAUCAGAAUAGAAGGACAUUCCUUUUGUACAGGGAUGGGAGGAAAUUUUUUAGCCCGAGGGUGGUUAAUCUGUGGAAUUCUUUGCCACAGACAGUUGUGGAGUCCAAGUCACUACGUAUAUUUAAAGCAGAGGUUGAUAGGUUCUUGAUUAGUAAGGGUGUCAAAGGUUAUGGGGGGAAAAAGCAGGAGAGUGGAAUUGAAAGGCAUAAUAAAUCAGGCAUGAUGGAAAGGCAGAGCAAACUUGAUGGCCCAAGUGGCCUAAUUCUGAUCCUAUGUCGUAUGGUCUUAUGUAUUAACUGAAUUUCUGAUAAUGCAUUCAUGCUUUAACUUUACAUGCAGAUUUGGUUCCUUGGGAAGACCUGGAUGGAUUUGCAGUAAAGGAGUUAUUAGCAGCUGGCCGGUGUUUGACUGUAGACGAUCAAGUUCCAAAGCCAUACUAUGACAUAGUGCGAAUGGGAAUUCAAGUAAAGCCUCAGAAUCGGACAACAAACCUUCAAGAUAUCCGGUUUGUCCUCCGGAAUGACUUCAAGGAUCUUAUUAGCAAUAAAAAAAAACAUACCUCUGAGAAAGAUCAAUCUGAUCUGUGUCUACAUGAUGAUGUCAACAUGUUUGAGACAAAUGGUGUAGACCACAGGAGAGAACAGGAACAACUGCAAAAGGAGAAUGCUGGUAAAGGAAAACAGCCAGAGUGUUUAGAACAAGCUCAACUUACGAGUGACAAUGAUGAAUACUCCUAUUAUAAUUUGGGUCAUCGCACUAGCUUCAGUCCAAAGAAGUGUGGAGCUGAUAACAAAAUCAGGCAUUUAAACAGAGAACCAUCACAGCAAAUUACAGUAUUAUAUGAUUGUUGGAAAACCGAACAUAAUCAGUUAGAGGGUAAAGCAGAGUCCAGAGCCCACCAUGGUGUUUAUAUUGAAGAUAAAGCUGGUAAUGACUCCAAUCCAUGGAAGAAGAUUGAGCAGCAUUAUGACUCUGAGUCAUCAGAACCUCCAUCUGAAAAACAUUAUUCUGAUGUUCUGGGUCAUUUACGUGAACUAGAUCUUGCAUUAGAUGAAGAAAUGUUUUCUACCUCUGAUGAAGAGGGGGCAAGCAUUAUUUCUUUGAAAACUGGCAGAGAAUACACAUCAGAUGAAGGAGAUGAACAGAGUGAUAGGACGACAACUUUGUCUCAAGAUUGGUCAGGAGUCAAAGGCUUAGAAAGUGACCAAGAAAAUCAUGGUAGGGUCUGCCAACGCACUCUGACCAGCAGCACAAUGGAAGAAGAGGAUAUUGCAACUAGCAUUUCAGUCCAAGAUUCGAUUAGCAGCUGUAAAAUCAACAUUCAGACAUCAAAACAUCUCAUGCAACAAGCAUUCAGUGCUCUUGAUCGCACAAUGAGAAGUUAUAAUUCUGAAAUUGGCACAAUACAGAAAUCCAAGAAGGAGAAUCAGAUAAGUGAUCAAAUUGAGAAGACCCCUUGUACUAAUCUACUAGGCUAUGAUGAAAUGGACUAUCCAAGGCAAAAUGCAAAGGGGAACAAACAGAUUAAGUCAAGCAAUGAAGGUCACCUGGUGAUCCCCAUAGCUGUGGCUCCUCCAGCAUGCUAUCAACUCCCAGUAUCUGGAGUGGAGAAGAUCCAUGAAACUAAUCCUGCAGGGCAUUUCCAACCAACAUUUGAAGUUCUUGGUCAUACUGAGGAUGAAAGGACAACAGGAGCAAAAGGUUGCAGUUCUGACGUUUUGAAAACAUCAGAGACAUUUGCUGAUGGAACUCAAACCAUAUGUUCAUUGAAGAAGCAAGAGAAUGUUGAAUGUGUUGAUUACAAGUUUACACAUGAUAAAAGUGUUAAAUCUAUGCCAGGUCAUAAGGAUAAACCGACAACGAAAUGUAAAAAGAAAAUGAAUGUAUUAACACAAGUUCAUGAGCAUGAGAAUAUCCCUGUUCGUAAAGGUCGCAUAUCUAUGAGAAUCCCACCACAUGGAGACCAGCAAGGAUCCAGAAAGCAAUGCAUGUACCUAUCCAGCAAUAGGAAAAUCCACAUUACACAAAGUUGUAAUGUUGUGGCAGAAGGAGUGAAAGUGAGACAGAAAAAGAACCCUGAGGGUCAUCAUUUCACCAACAUGGAGAAACCUCAGGAUCAAAAUUGUGGUAGAACAACAAAGGGAAAGUCUGAGCAAGCAUCUGUGAGCACAAAUUGGACAAGUGACAUGACAGACAUAAUUGAAAAGAUGACACCUGGAUGCCUGCCAGUUGGACAAGGGGAGUCAAAGCAGCAAAAUAGCCCACGUACUGAGCACGUGGAUGAAGAGGAGUUGUUCCGUCAAUUUGCAAAGCAACCACGCCGAAGCAUGAAACAACCUCACCCCUCCAACAGACAAUUUGUACACAGUGUGGAUCACCAACAGAUGAAAUACAACCCAUAUUACACCCCAGAAGAGGCGCAUAUUGAGAGUGACAACAGCUUAGAAAUGGAGAAAUCUUUGCAAAGUGUUACAGGACAGAGAGUAUAUUUUGAUAGCUAUCAAUCAGGAGGUAGUGAAGAAGAGAGAGAGAUAACAAACAUGGACAAAACAUUCACCACAGGAAGAAAACAGAAUGAAGCUCAAAAGGAAAAUGUUCAGUAUUUUUCUCCAUCAGAUUCAUCUUUCAAUAAAUCAGAUGAGUUUUUCACUCCCAAUUCUGAACUGCUCUCUCUUUAUUCAGAAACUUCAACUAAUGAAGACCUUACUGAGAAUCAACUUCCCAAAGAGUCUGUAGAUUCUGAAGAGGAGUCUGAAAUUAACAGAGAAGUUUGUCAGAAAAACACUAUUUCUUUGAGAAGCUCAAGUGGUUCAGAUAUUGAUGUUGUUGGAAAAGAAGUCAUAGGUAAAGUAAUGGAUCAAAGGAACAGCAACAGAGACUGGAAUGAAGUCACCAUACUGAGCACUACUGCAUCAGCAGGAUCAUUUUCUGAUAUCCAGGAUUUUUCCUGCAUUCCAUGUGACAGAUGUUCCAUGGAUAAAAUGUGCUCUAAAACACCCUUGUGUUCAGGUGGACCAAUCAAUUACAGUACUCCCCAUUCUGUCAUCACAGAUACCUCCUUGUGGCAAAGUUCUGAGUCAAGCGUGAUAUCUCCUGGAACAUUUGGAACAGCUUGUGAAGAAGCCAGCGAAGUCCAAAAUCCAGUCAUUCUUCCUGCUGCUACAUCAGUGUUCAACAUUGCUAAGUGUCAAAUGGAACAGGAGUGUGGAGAGACAAGUGCAGCUACUCCCAAAACCCCAAUUCAAUUGACAGAAGAGAAAGCAAAAUCAACAGAAGGUAUUGUUCUGAAGUUAGUGGAGGAUGAGAAGGAUGAAGGAACUGGUCCAAAGAGAAUGCAGGAAGCAUUGGAUCAUCUCAGUGACUGUGAAUGGUACAGACUGCAAAAAUCCUUGGAAGAGGAUCAGAGUCAGCCUUCUGGAAUUUAUGACAAGUUUUCACUGUCAAAUUCUGCACGAUUACUGGAAGAACUGGAGCUUUUCCAAUUUAUUCCACCCAAGAUCAUCUACAGUUGA